AUGGGUUGUGGCGGGAUGGGGUUUGGGGCGUUCAGGGCUCGGAUGGGGAUUAUGGAGUUGUAUUUGCCUGGUGGUUCGGGGCAUGGGAAGAAAAAGGACGGGUUGAGUCAUGCGGGAACUUUUAAUAAUCAUAUCCUAACAAUGGUGGCGGGGAGGGAGGCGUUGGGGUUUUACACAACGGAGAUGGUUAGGGUGCUUGAUGGACUGGGAGAGAGGUUGAGGAAGGGGAUUUCGGGGGUCCUUAUUGAAACUAGCGUUGUAAAUGACAAGUAUAUGGAGCGGUAG